AUGUGCGGUCAUCCUUGCACAGAGCAAUGCCACGCGCCGUACGCGUGUCCUGAAAAGACACCAUGUUCGUCCAAGAUCGCAGUGACCUGUAGCUGUGGCCGACUGCGACAAGAAAGACGCUGCAACGCCGCCAAGGCCGUGACCUCCAAGGGCCAAGUGCAGUCGCCCCAGCGCCACCCAGAAUUGACCCCGUUGACCUGCGACGACGAAUGCACGCGUCUGGAGCGGAACCGCUCUCUGGCGGGCGCUCUCGGCAUCGAUAUCAACCAGACAACCACGCUUCAAACCAUCACAGCAGAGAACCUCCCAUACUCGGAAGAGACUCUGAACCAAUAUGUCCAGCUCGCAUGCUCGGUCCCUCUAUCAACCCUCCAAACCUACGAAUCCAAUCUCCAUGCCCUAGCAGCAGCAGACAAAUCCACUCGCUCAUUCCGCUUCCAACCGGCGAAAUCCACUCUCCGCGCAUUCGCGCACUCCCUCGCCGCAGACUGGGGCUUCGUAACAGAAAGCCAUGACCCAGAACCUCACCGCCACGUUUUCGUCUUGAAACCGGUUGUCUGGACGCCUCCCCUCUUCGGCAUGGGCAGCGGCUCGACCAUCGGUAUUGGAGGGAUGAGCGUACGUGAGUGUGUCAAGCUCCGCGAGCGCGAGCGCAGCAAAGAACAAGAAGCGCGUCGUGUCGCUGCCCUCGAAGCUAAGGCCACCCGUGAGGCCGCUAAAGUACAGGCUAGUACUGGAGAUGGUGGAUGGGCUCAAGUUGCUUCGAAGAGUAAGGGUGGUAGCGGUGCUAGUUCGAGGACUGGAACUCCGGUUCCGAACUCGUGGGUGAGCAAGUCUAUCUAUGCUGCUCUUGACGGUGAUGGGGCGAAGAAGGAGCGUUUGGUUCUAAGAUCUGGUGUUGGAGUCGGCAAGUCUUUGCGUGCGAAAACACCUGCGCCUGAGGUUGUUGAUGAUUGGGAAGAGGCCGAGGAGAAGGAGGAGAAACAGGAAGCGGGAGAACAAAGCCAGGACCAGGGUCAGGAAAUAUCUGUCCGUGAGGACCCUGAGAGAAAGCCCGAACUUGCUCCUGAGGCCGAGACUCCUGCGGACGAUCACCCCACUCAGGCUGAAGCAACUCAGGCUGAAGCAUCUGUUACAGAUGAUGCACCGGUCUAA